AGAGCCAUGCUCCCAAGCUUCUCUCUUCACCCCCCUUUCCGCCAUUGGGUGCCAGAGGUCAGCUGGAAAGGAGCCGCCUUAAAAAAGGAGGAGGUGAGUACCGGCAGCUGGAUGGGUGCUUGGCUAUAUAGCCCUGCGCCUGCCUGAGGUAGCUGACGGUCAGUUUGUAGCCAUGGCAGUCGCCCAGGAGCUGUACGGCUUCCCGGCCUCCAAGCUGGACUCCUUUGUGGCUCAGUGGCUGCAGCCAACCAGAGAGUGGAAAGAAGAGGUCCUGGAGACCGUGCAGACAGUGGAGCAGUUCCUGAGGCAGGAGAAUUUCCGUGAAGAUCGUGGCCCGGCUCGGGAUGUGCGCGUGCUCAAGGUACUCAAGGUAGGCUGCUUUGGGAAUGGCACCGUGCUCAGGAGCACUACAGACGUGGAGCUGGUCGUGUUCCUGAGCUGUUUCCACAGCUUCCAGGAAGAAGCCAAGCACCAUCAGGCUGUCCUGAGACUGAUACAGAAAAGGAUGUACUACUGCCAGGAGCUGAUGGACCUUGGGCUCAGUAACCUGAGUGUGACUAACAGAGUACCCAGUAGUCUCAUCUUCACGAUCCAGACCAGGGAGACCUGGGAGACCAUCACUGUCACCGUUGUGCCCGCCUACAGAGCCCUGGGCCCUUCCUGUCCCAGCUCCGAGGUCUACGCAAAUCUGAUCAAGGCUAAUGGGUACCCAGGAAAUUUCUCUCCAUCCUUCAGCGAGCUGCAGCGAAACUUCGUGAAGCAUCGGCCGACGAAGCUGAAGAGCCUCCUUCGGUUGGUCAAACACUGGUACCAGCAGUAUGUGAGAGACAAGUGCCCCCGGGCCAACCUGCCCCCUCUCUAUGCCCUGGAGCUGCUCACUGUCUAUGCCUGGGAAGCGGGCACCCGGGAGGAUGCCAACUUCAGGCUGGAUGAAGGCCUCGCCACGGUGAUGGAGCUGCUCCAGGAUCAUGAGCUCCUCUGUAUCUACUGGACCAAGCACUACACGCUGCAGCACCCGGUCAUCGAGGCCUGUGUCAGGAGACAGCUCAGGGGACAAAGGCCUAUCAUCCUGGACCCAGCAGACCCCACCAACAAUGUGGCAGAAGGCUACAGAUGGGACAUAGUGGCUCAGCGGGCCAACCAGUGUCUGAAACAGGACUGUUGCUAUGACAACAGGGACAGCCCCGUCCCCAGCUGGAGGGUGAAGAGAGCACCCGAUAUCCAGGUGACCGUGCAGGAGUGGGGGCACUCGGAUUUAACCUUCUGGGUGAACCCUUAUGAACCCAUAAAGAAACUGAAAGAGAAAAUCCAACUGAGCCAGGGCUACUUGGGCCUGCAGCGUCUGUCCUUUCAGGAGCCCGGCGGAGAACGUCAGCUCAUCAGAAGCCAUUGCACGCUCGCCUACUACGGAAUCUUCUGCGACACCCACAUCUGCCUGCUGGACACCAUCUCCCCUGAGAUCCAGGUCUUUGUGAAAAACCCGGAUGGCAGGAGCCACGCCUAUGCGAUCCACCCGCUUGAUUACGUCCUGAACCUGAAGCAGCAGAUAGAAGACAGGCAGGGCCUUCGAUGCCAGGAGCAGCGCCUGGAGUUCCAGGGCCACAUCCUGGAGGACUGGUUUGACUUUAAAUCCUAUGGCAUCCAAGACAGUGUCACAGUCAUCCUGUCCAAGACGACGGAGGGGGCAGCUCCAUUUGUGCCCAGCUAGCUUCCUCUGUCGGUGGCUCUGCCUGUUUUAUUGUCUCAUCCUAGACUCAGCCUAGUUGCCUCUCCUUCCCGUCCUCUGCCCGGAUGGUCCACGUCUUCAGUACCUUGCCAGCAGGGAGUCAGAGGGGGUGUGAGAAGUCGUGUACAGCCAGACACUCUUGUGUGACAAUGGAAUUCUGCAGUCCCCUGGGAAGUCAUGCCAGGACCUCUGCCUUCCUCGUGGCCUCACUGUCAAGACUGUGUCAGUGAAUAGCUGGCCUCACAGACUAUUCUCACAUGUUCAGAGAAAGCCAAACCAUCUUCCUAACCAAUCACAGGGACCCUGCUUGAGGUUGUCCCACCUCCAAAUUCUUCCCAGUGACCUCCAUCAGGGCGGCUCUGAAGCCUUCCCCUGUGCCCCCAACCACUUCUGCCUGCCUUCGACUAUCCAAGGCAAGGUAGGAGGGGAUCAAGUUCCUUUCAAAUGGAGAAUAAAAAAGCCAUUGUUUCUUCCC